AUGUCGCGAUUCAGCUCCAGAAGCACCGCACAAGAUGUUGUGCGCGGCGUAGACCUCACCGGCAAGGUCGCGGUCGUGACGGGGGGUAACGCCGGUAUAGGCGUUGAAACCGUGCGUGCGUUGGCAGGAGCCGGCGCAGAUGUCGUAUUCACGUCAAGGAAUGUGGAGGCGGGCAAUAAAGUUGUCGAUCGGCUGCAGGCGGAAGGAGUGAAGGGUAAGCUCACGGUAAAGCAGCUAGACCUGGCCUCCCUGAAUGACAUCCAGUCGAGGGUGGAGGCCAUCCAAGCCGCAGCACCUGUCAUUGACUACCUGAUCCUCAACGCUGGGGUGCUGAGCGGCCCCGCAAAGACAAAGGAAGGGUUUGAAAUGUCCAUUGGCACUAAUCAUAUUGGGCACUUUCACUUCACCAAGUGUCUCCUCCCAAAAUUGAAGAAGCAGGGUCGCCCAGCACGUGUGGUGGUGCUUUCUUCCCGUGCUCACUUUGGUGCCCGUGAUCUGCCGAUGGAUGACCUGAACUGGGAGCGCCGCAGAUAUAGCGCCUGGCCUGCCUACAACGCCUCCAAGCUCUGCAACCUGCUGUUUGCCAAGGAGCUGGCGCGCAGGACUAGAGAGGCGGGCGAUGACAUCGAGGUCUUUGCAUUGCACCCUGGUGUCAUCGGCACGAGCCUCUUCAGUGGGGAGUCAUUGUCCAACUUUGCGGUGCGCAUUGCCAAGGCCAUCCCCUUCUUUCCGCUGCUGAAGUCCCCCGAGCAGGGAGCUGCAACAAGUGUCUAUGCUGCCACAUCCCCUGAGCUCAACGGCCAGAGCGGAGCCUACCUGUCCGAUUGCAAGGUGACAGGGACGAGUGUGCUAGGCCAGGAUGCCAACCUGGCAAAGCAGCUGUGGGAGAAGACAGAAGAGAUGAUUGCUGGCGCCCUCCGUUCCUGA